AUGGACGAGGGAGAAUUUAAUGGUAGAGUUAGAAAACUGAAAAUUACUGAUAAUAUUAAAGAAUUACAAACAGUUCUUAGAGACAAGACAACAAGCCGAAGUGAUUUUAUAUUUUAUGCUGAUAGAUUGAUUCGACUGUUGGUGGAGGAAGGGUUAAAUCAAUUACCCUACAGAGAAUGUUCUAUUGUUACUCCUACAGGGCAUUCUUACAAUGGUCUACGCUAUCAAAAGGGUAAUUGUGGAGUCAGUAUAAUGCGGUCAGGAGAGGCCAUGGAACAGGGUCUUCGAGACUGCUGUCGUUCCAUUCGCAUUGGCAAAAUUUUGAUCCAGAGCGAUGAGGAGACACAUAAGGCCAAAGUGGUGUAUGCCAAGCUACCUCCUGACAUCUCCCAACGUAAAGUAUUACUCAUGUACCCCAUUAUGAGUACUGGUAAUACUGUUGCUCAAGCUAUCAAGGUGCUAAGGGAACACAAAGUCAACGAGGAUAAUGUUAUAUUGUUAAAUCUAUUCUGUACGCCUCAAGCUGCCAAAAAUGUCAUUGCGGAAUCUCCAGGUAUUACGAUCUUGACUUCUGAAAUUCAUCCUGUUGCUCCAAAUCAUUUCGGUCAGAAAUACUUUGGCACCGAAUAA